AUGGCUCAAUUGCUAUCAUCCUCUUACUCCUUGGCUACCUGCCCUAGAAAUAAACCUUACUUAAAACCUUUUAAGCAAUGCUCAACACCAUUUUCUGUUGCGGUUUCUUGCAAUAGUUCCAAACCUUCAUUUAGAGGGCUUUUCUUGCAAGAACAGAAGCUAAGAAAAGGUUCUCUAGUAGUACAUGCUGCUGCAGUUUCAACUAGCCAGGGAACCCCAGUUCAAACUAGCACUGGUGACCCUUUUAAACCACAGCGAGUCAUGGUCAUUGGUGGAGAUGGAUACUGUGGUUGGGCAACUGCCCUCCACCUUUCUAACAAGGGUUAUGAGGUUGCCAUUGUUGACAGCCUUGUGCGACGACUUUUUGAUCACCAGCUUGGACUGGAAUCUCUAACACCAAUUUCCUCCAUCCAGAAUCGCCUUCAUUGUUGGAAAUCUCUCACUGGAAAAAGUAUUGAGCUCUACAUUGGAGACAUAUGUGAUUUUGGGUUCUUAUCUGAAACCUUUAACUCAUUUGAACCUGAUGCUGUUGUCCACUUUGGGGAACAGAGGUCUGCUCCCUACUCUAUGAUAGAUCGAUCAAGAGCUGUGUAUACCCAGCAAAACAAUGUUAUUGGGACACUGAAUGUGCUCUUUGCCAUAAAAGAGUUCAGAGAGCAGUGUCAUCUAGUUAAGCUUGGGACCAUGGGUGAAUAUGGGACCCCUAAUAUUGAUAUUGAAGAAGGUUAUAUUACCAUUACUCAUAAUGGAAGGACAGACACUUUGCCAUAUCCCAAGCAAGCUAGCUCAUUCUAUCACCUAAGCAAGGUACAUGAUUCACAUAACAUAGCUUUCACUUGCAAAGCUUGGGGUAUUCGAGCAACUGACUUGAAUCAAGGAGUGGUAUAUGGGGUAAGGACAGAUGAGACUGCAAUGCAUGAAGAUCUGUAUAACAGGUUUGAUUACGAUGGAAUAUUUGGGACUGCAUUGAACCGGUUCUGUGUUCAGGCUGCCGUUGGUCAUCCACUGACUGUGUAUGGUAAAGGAGGCCAGACUAGGGGCUUCCUUGACAUAAGAGAUACAGUUCAAUGUGUUGAGCUUGCCAUCGCAAACCCUGCAAAGCCUGGGGAGUUCCGAGUCUUCAACCAAUUUACUGAGCAGUUUUCAGUCAAUCAGCUUGCCAACCUUGUUACCAAAGCUGGUGAGAAGCUGGGUCUUGAUGUGAAAACUAUCAAUGUGCCAAACCCACGAGUUGAGGCAGAAGAGCAUUACUACAAUUGCAAGAACACUAAACUUGUUGAUCUAGGACUGAGACCACACUUUCUUUCAGAUUCUCUCCUUGAUUCACUGCUGAACUUUGCUGUUCAGUACAAGGAUCGUAUUGACACAAAACAAAUCAUGCCUAGUGUGUCUUGGAAAAAAAUUGGGGUCAAAACAAAAACUGUUACAGCUUAG